ACACUAUAGUUCCUUGCUGCAUAGUAAGCUGGCAGUUGCUGCCAAUGGCGUUUCUGCGCGGUCUCGAUACCCACUCGCCGAACUUGACUGGACAUUAGCAGAAAUCGCUCGCGUGGCGGGACUCCCAGGGAAAAUCCUUCCUCGGAGGCGUAGGUGUGGUCACGUCACGUGCCGACUCCCGUGCUCUGUUAGGACCAUGUACUUCCAAAAGAUCGAGAGCUUUCAGGCGUAGCAAGGAUACUGUUACAUCUCCCAGUGGCGUCGUAACAAUGUCGAACCAGCGUUUGCAGUGGGCGAGGGGGUCAUUCAUUCACAGUGCUUAAAUGGACGCCACUCGGCAACCAUUACUGCAGUCGUCAUCUGCCAGCCACUGAUUUUUCCUCGUGCUGCUUCCAGACUACAGUAGAAGGACCUUGCGGGCGGGCAGGAUGCGACGUUCGUGCGACGUCCAAAUCGUCUGCGAGGUCGCCCCAAUCCCACCCGCCGAGACCGUCGUGAAAUGGGCGGUCAACUCAGCACAUCAGCGAAAGCAGAGAGAGCAGCCAAGCCAACCCGCCUCGACCCUCAUCCGAUGAGGGAGUCCCUUCUUCCCCAUCGACCCCAUCGACCCCAUCGACCCAUCGAGCCCAUCGAGCCCAUCGAGCCCAUCAAGCCCCCCGCAGCCGUGUCCCGCCUGCGCGCGCGGGGGUACGCUGCAUCCGCCCCUUGCGGAAGCGGCGGAAGCUGCGGAGUCCGUGUGACUCGGCGUGCAAGCCCCGGGAUAUCUCGUCUGAAAUUUCGCGUCCGUACUGUUCGUCUCCGCACUGUUGGCCUCCGCACUGUUGGCCUCCGCACUGUUCCUCGAAAGAACCACCUGUCCGACGAAUUCAGGCGUCUCCCCGGUGGCGAAUUCCGAUGAUACUCGUUUCACUUAGGCGACUCAAUUCAGUCCGUCCGCCAUUGAACUACUCCGAGAAGCAAGACUGCCAAGGGAAAAACCAAAGUCGAAGAGAUUGUCUCCUUCAAGGAAAACCCAGGGCGGGCUGCUCUUCUUCACGCGGGCUGCUCUUCUUCACGCGGGUUGCUCUUCUUCACGCGGGUUUGCUCUUCUUCACGCGGGUUGCUCUUCUUCACGCGGGUUGCUCUUCUUCACGCGGGCUUCUCUUCUUCACGCGGACUGCGCUGCUCUGCGCCGCCAUGGCGCGUUCCUCGGAAGCGAUCACGGGAUCCGCGUCCCCGUCCUCCCCGAUCUCCAUUCGGCCCUGGUCGCCCGAGGAGGACGCGGUUCUGCUGCGCCAUGCACUGCAUUGCGGCACGAGGCAGUGGGGAGAGUUGGGGAGGAGCGGUCAGCUGAAGAGAAACAACAAGUCGUGCUGUAACCGUUACAUCUUCCUCAGAAGGAAGUUCGUUCAGCGCUUUCAGGAGAGCCUUCUGAGGGAGCACUUGGGAGGCAGUGCACAUCCGCAGCUCAUUGCUGCGGAGCGCUACCAUCAGUUGCCACGGCACACCCAGCAGCAGCAGCAGCAGCAGCAGCAGCAGCAGCAGCAGCAGCAGCAGCAGCAGCAGCAGCAGCAGCAGCAGCAGCAGCAGCAGCAGCAGCAGCAGCAGCCAGCAGCAGCAGCAGCAGCAGCAGCAGCAGCAGCAGCAGCAGCAGCAGCAGCAGCAGCAGCAGCAGCAGCAGCAGCAGCAGCAGCAGCAGCAGCAGCAGCAGCAGCAGCAGCAGCAGCAGCAGCAGCAGCAGCAGCAGCAGCAGCAGCAGCAGCAGCAGCAGCAGCAGCAGCAGCAGCAGCAGCAGCAGCAGCAGCAGCAGCAGCAGCAGCAGCAGCAGCAGCAGCAGCAGCAGCAGCAGCAGGUUGGUGUGGGUUCACCCGGGUCCCUGUCGCCUGCUCUUACUUUCGGUGGGCUGUCGUUUGAUGAGUGCAGGGGCGUCUUCCUCUCACCCAAUGCCCGCCGCCCAACAGCUCAAGCCGACCUCUCGUCUGCUUUCGCGUCUGCCACUGCCUCCCAUGGCGCUGCCUCCCAUGCCACUGCCUCCCAUGCCGCUGCCUCCCAUGGCGCUGCCUCCCAUGGCGCUGCCUCCCAUGGCGCUGCCUCCCAUGGCGCUGCCUCCCAUGGCGCUGCCUCCCAUGCUGCCACCUUCAGUGCCGCCGCACCCAAUGCUUCUGCCUUCAGCGUUGCAUGCCGCGUGCCACUGUCUUCAAUGACCGACGCCCCACAAUCCGCCAAUGCUGCUGCCGUCUCCAGUCCUGCUGCUGCCUGCGAUGCUGCGGCAGUGAAUAACGUCAUCCGCCCCGGCGCAGCUGCUCUCAGCCUGCCCAUGAAGCGACCCAGAGGCGACUGGAGCGGGCCUUUGGAGGUCCCACAUCUGUUGGGCCGACCUGUAUUCGGGUCUCUGGGCCCUGCGCUGGGGCAUGCGGACGCAUUGGACACACACUGUGUGCAGCAGGGAGGGGAGAGGAGCGGAGUGCAGCAGGUGGUGUGGCCUCGCGUGGAGUCGGGGAGAGCCCUUCUGCUGGAGGAGCAUGGGCAGCUGGAGAGGAGGUGGAGGAGACGCCACCGCCCAUCCAACUCACUGCUCUGGCGGGUUCAGUUUCUGCUGGAAUGAACUCCUGUGUUGGAGGGACGCCCCUUGCCAGUGCAAGCAAUAGAGGACAGGAGCUGCCCUCGGCAAUCGGCUCUUGCAACGUGGGGCAAGAAACGGACUCCUUGUUUAUCGACGCGCCCGUCUCUGUCCUGUGCUUGGCUGGGCGUGGCCCCACUGGUGUGCCCUUGGCGAGUGGGCCUCAGCGACGGGCGCUUGCGGCCUCUCUUCCUGAGCCAGGCCUGGCAGCGAGGCUGCUGGAACAAAGGGGGACUGGGGAGGGAGGUGUGGAGGGGGUGGAGGUUGGGGAGGGAGUUUCUCAGCUGCAGUACCAACUGAACAGUCGUGAGCGGUUCAAGCAUGCUCACUUUCCUGCACUCUCAUUGCCCCGCCCGCUACCACACCCGCUGAGACAGGCUCAUAUACAGUCCCCCAUUCUCAUCAGCUCAAGCCUUGGGGCUUCGCCAACAUAUCUGGGGCUUUGGGAGAGGAGGGUGCAUUUGCAGAGACCUUUCUUGAUAAUGAUGGGGAUUUGGAUAUGCGUAGUUACAACAGCACCUUGAACGGAGCAUACGGAUUUAAUGACACAGUAAAUGCUUUUAGCGGAAUACCAUCUCUGCA